GACGAAUACAAGGAGGUAUGUUGGCCGCUGUUUGGCGUGCGAGGCUUCGGACUUUAGCUGCAAUGUUGUUCAACUCUGCCACCCAACAGGCGCAACGCAAAAACCAGGCGGGCUUGAUGGCCGGAAAGCCGCUGAACAAGGAAACGUUCAUAGCCGAGCGUACCAAGGUUCUGUCGGAAAAGGGGGACGAGUCGGGCGAGAUGCGCAAGUCGUUGCCGAUGAUGUUCGACUUCCUCGACCGCAACCACGACGGAGUUUUGGACCACAACGAGCUCGCCUUCUGAGUCUGUGAUCUCCACAGCCCUGCAGCGACCGUUGAGAAGAGAUCCUAGACCUGUAGAGAGUAGAUAGAAAAGCUCAUACGUCUGUAUUUGUACUGUCAUUUAAAGAUGGGAAGCACGUUUAUUUCGUAUGUAGCAAAUGUCAAAUGCAUGUCAAAAUAUUCACAAU